AUGGACGGCCAGCGACAACAAUACGUCCCUCUUCCCCCGCCCCCAUCAAUGCAGAACUCGCAGUCGCACAUCAUAACGUCCUUACCCCCGCCGCCGCCUCGACAUCCGCCGACGCAGACGCAAGGGGUUGUCCUCCCGCCACCUCCUGGACCUCCUCCAAAUGCAGCAGCUUAUGCGAAAAUACCCCAACAGCAUGGUGGUCUGGCAUGGCAGCAAGCCUGGGCACGACAGCCUGUCCCGCAGACCUUCCCACCACCUCCGCCUCCUCUGAUCCCGGCAAACCCGACACAGAAUCAACAUCUCGCAUAUAAACGCCAGCCAGCUGCCCUGUCGAUACCACCUCCCCCUCCUCCAGGUGACGGCCAACCCCUAACAUCCGCGACCUAUAUUCCGAUGGGUGAUUCAUUUGGACCCGGUGUCGGGAUACCUCCAUAUGCAGAUUCAUACUCUCGCCCUACAUAUGACAGCUAUGGACAAACAGCGGCAAAUCAACCAUACGAGUCUGUCAAUGCGGAUCCGUCGUCCAAAAGGGACGCGCAUGCCCCGGCUACACCAUUGAGUCGCAAUGGGCCCUCGUCUCUAGGCCUGCCUGAAAACGUUCUUUCCCCUGGUCAAUCAAGCAGUGCGAAUCGGACCAUCGAUUUAUCGAAAUCUCCAAGUCACCGCCACAACAAUAGUAGUGCAUCGCUUGGGGGUAUGUCGCCAAACGAAGCCUCUACCCAAUGGCCGCUUGAGCGAGUGCUCCUAUGGCUCGCGAAGAAUGGGUUUUCCAAAGACUGGCAGGAGACAUUUAGAGCCUUGGAGCUCCAGGGCGCUGAUUUUAUCGAGUUAGGCUAUGGGUCAAAUGGUUUUGGCAACUUUGGAAAGAUGCACAAGGUCGUCUAUCCUCAGUUAGCAAAAGAGUGUGAGAAAAGCGGAACAGGCUGGGAUUCGAGCCGCGAACGAGAAGAAGGAAAGAAAAUGCGCAGGUUGAUCCGCCAAAUCCAUGACCAAGGCCACCACGACGCGGGAUCUCUUACGCCGAGACGACAGGAGCCUCACUCAGCGGUGGAUAAUUCGCCUCGACUUGAGCCUGCUUUCCCCACCCAUAGUGCAGUCGAGAGCAGUCCCGGUCUUAGAGCGCCCCAUAACCACCGGCAAAAUCCGCAAAUGCGCUCUGUCACGAUGCCUAACUACCCCUCCAUUCAUGACACUCCUGCUCUAGAUCCGACUCCGCCCGAGACUAAUACCUGGGUCCCAGCAGAACAUCAUAGGAAUUUGCUGUCUGCCGUUAGUGACAACCAUCGAAGACAACGGUCUAACGAUAGUGGCCAUCUUCCGUUAUCUGCUCGGCCGCAUGAAGACAGUCCCAAGAGUGGUAGUCCGGCAACACAGCCUGCCACGCUUGCGAAUCAUGGGCUGUCAUCGUCAUCUACUAGCGAUUUGAGCGUGAGAUUCGAACACUCUCGAGGCAAUAGUUCUGAUUCGACCCGGGCCCGAUACUACGAGCGCAAGCAAGACCAGGAAGGCGCUCGUCCCUCGCCACAAGAUCCGUACAACCGCCAUUGGAACAGUGGAGAGACUUUGCACAGAGAGCAAAACAAACUACUGAAAUUCUUCAAGAAGAAGGCUAGGCCUAAUGACUCCAGUCACCCAUCCCCCGAAGAACUUCAUUUAGAGUCCCCUACGAGUCCGGUGCACACGCGUGGAACAUACACCCCAUACGGCUAUCCGAACUAUAGCCGUAGCGAUGUGUCUGUAGGAGGGCGCCCAUUGUCGGGCUCACAAUCGGAUUUCGAGCGAUUACCAGUACGAGCCAAGCCAGCACAAAAGGGCAAAAAGUUCGUUUUCGUGACCAUGGAUGGGUGGAACUACCGUCUGGUAGACAUCACUGACAUAGAUUCUGUGGGGACGAUUCGUUCUGCAAUUUGCCAAAACCUUGGAAUCUCCGAUUGGGCCAGUGCCCAGAUAUUCUUGACCGAACCCGGGCAGACAGAGCACGACGAUCCCUUGGAUGAUUCCCUGUUGACUGUGACACAACGGACCAAAUCGGAUCCAUUUGGCUCUCUGAAGUUUUUCGUGCGCGGAAUUCACCCUUAUCCCGGGACAAACAAUGCUGCACACUUUACUGGUCUUGGAGUAUCGUUCCCGGAAAAAGCGGCGGCGUCACCCACAACGGGACCGCAUCAUGUACAUCGGAAACCCCUGGACGAGGAAGCUCUCAGCAGGAUUUCACCACACCAUCAACCCCUUCAGCAAACAAGAAGUCCGGCCACGAAGCUUCCUGCUCGUGACAUUUCGCAGCCUUUCGUUGGAGUCUCACCAGCAGCCGAUGGCAGCGCAGAAUCUAUAGGAACCCACCUUGAUCCGGAGAAAGCAGCUUUGCUUGCGCGUCAGGAGGAACAUAGUCGUGAAAUCGAGCGGAAACAGAAAGCAAACAACAUCACCAGGGGUCCUCCCUUGACACAGCAAAGGAAAGAUGCUGUCUACGGUGAAACUGGCUACAGACGAGAGGGUGUCAUAGACUUCGACUCUCCACGAAUCUCGCCAUAUGAAGAUAAGAAAGCCGAACACUUGGUGCCUCACCGAAAGCCUCCUACCGCACCAAAUGAAUCUAACACUCUCACGAAGGUCAACUCGCUGCGGAAGAAAGAUUCUGAUCGCCCACGGCUCCAACAAGCGCCUCAGCCUCAGCCUCCUCAAACUCAUGGUCUCGGCGCAGCUCUUGCCAGUAUGGGUAGAUUGACAAGUGCAAUCGGAACGCCUUCGACUAACCCGGCUGAUCAUAAGGCGUCAAAGGACACGCCAGAUGAACUGAAAGCUGCGCCUGCGACAUGGAACGACACCCCGAAAACUCCAGUGGCCACUGAGAAAUCUCCCAUUUCAGCUACCUCACCUGUACCAAAACCAGCUUUACAAUCUCGCAAAUCCUACGGUCCUGAAUUUGAUUUCGAGGAGGCAGACGUUUCAUUCCAGCGAACUCCAGAUCUACAGGAGGAUGAUUCUGAUGAUGAUGAUGAUGAUGAUGAUGACUCUGACGAUGGUCUCUUUGCCGUACCGAUAGCGAACCAGAGCCAGGAGAAGGGUCAAGGGUCCGCAACCGCAUCUCCGGAAGCACAGAAAGCCGCAAGGCCAUCACUUACUUUGGACACGGAACCAAGGGCAAGUAAAGGACGGUCCGUGACCUUCAAGACGCCAAGUACCUCUGGUGAAAGCUUUGUCAAUGGUGGCGGUGACAACCGCGAUGUGCCGGCGCCGGCGCCUUUCGGAGCGGCCGAAUCACCAGAAGAUGAAAGACCGCCUCGAAGAGAUUCGUUUGCACGGGGCGAUAUCUGGGCCAGCAGACCCCCAGUUGAAGGCGUCAUCGACAACCUGGACGACUUCUUCCCGAACGUUGACCUCGAUGCGCCUUACUUGGAAGGACAAGGAGGCUCGCCACCCACCUCGCCAGCGAGCAAGAACCCAGCGGACGUCGAUUCGCACCGCACACAACGACAGGAUGGCUAUGUUCCCGCAAGCUCAUUCAACCAUGAUGGCGAGCCAACGAUAAAAGCGCAAGAUCAGGGCGUCGUUGCCAGACGCAAUGUCAACCGCUCUGGCGGACUCACGAGAAUGAAGUCAAUUCGUGAAGUCGCGAGGGGAGCCAAUCAAACCAGCAGAAGUCGGAGUGUCGCUCAUUCUGGUCCUCAGAAGUCAGGCGACAUACUUCGUCGCAAGAGUACCAAGAUGUUUGGCGCGAAGAUCAUGCAAAUCAGCCCAAGACCCGGUCGACGGUUGAACCAACUUGACCCCAUCCCGCAAAACAAGCCUGCUCAAGAACCCGUGCCUCAGAGACAACCAACCUUCCGUAUCAUCCGUGGUCAGCUUAUUGGCAAGGGAACGUUUGGACGGGUGUAUCUGGGCAUGAACGCCGACAAUGGUGAAGUCUUGGCUGUCAAACAAGUGGACAUCAACCCUAGAAUUGCCGGACAAGACAGGGAUCGAGUCAAGGACAUGGUUUCCGCUCUGAACCAAGAAAUCGACACGAUGCAGCACCUUGAGCACCCGAACAUUGUGCAGUAUUUGGGAUGUGAGCGAGGUGAACUUUCCAUCUCUAUUUACCUCGAGUAUAUCUCUGGUGGUUCGGUCGGUAGCUGUCUCCGCAAACACGGCAAGUUCGAGGAGAGUGUCGUGCAAUCCCUCACGCGCCAAACACUCGAUGGAUUGGCAUACCUGCACCACCAAGGAAUCCUGCACCGCGACCUGAAAGCAGACAACAUCCUUCUCGAUCUUGACGGCAGUUGCAGAAUCUCGGACUUCGGUAUCUCCAAAAAGACUGACGACAUCUACGGAAACGAUUCGACCAACUCGAUGCAAGGUUCCGUGUUCUGGAUGGCUCCUGAGGUCAUCCAAUCGCAGGGCCAGGGCUACAGUGCCAAGGUUGAUAUAUGGUCCCUUGGAUGUGUGGUCCUUGAGAUGUUCGCCGGCCGUCGUCCAUGGAGCAGAGAGGAGGCUAUUGGUGCUAUCUUCAAGCUCGGAAGUCUGAACCAGGCUCCUCCGAUUCCCGAGGACGUUUCCAUGAACAUCAGCCCAGCGGCUCUGGCUUUCAUGUACGACUGCUUCACUGUUGAUUCGUCUGACCGUCCAACCGCCGAGACCCUCCUGACUCACCCGUUCUGUGCACCCGAUUCUAAAUACAACUUCCUCGACACCGAACUCUACGCCAAAAUCCGCCAUGUUCUCUAA